AUGCUGAGCAAAAGUAGCGGCUUACUUUCAAGGAGGAUUGUAUCACUCCUAAAAUUUAAAACAAAUAAUGUACAUUAUAAUUUUCCACGAAAUAGUGUUCGUGAUUUUAAAAUUCGAAAGUUAGUGGAGGAGGAAGUAAAGAUGAAUAUUCAUAAUCAUGUUCACUUUGGAGGCUCCGAAGAGUAUAAAUCAGAGGAGGAAUACCAUCAAAAAGUGGAUAAACAAAAUGGAAAAUUAUGGAAAUUGAUGGUGGCUUUUCCUUCUCUUGCUGUUUUGCUCUUCGUAACGACAAUAAGUAUAGAUAAGAUGACGUAUGAGGAUUUGAAGAAUUUGAAUUUGGAAGAAUUAUUUAAAACAAAAUUUAUGGAUGGGAAAACAUAUUACCUUGAGGAUAAUAAGGGUGGCGAUUUGAAAUUAGCAUCACUGUUAAAUCAUACAGAUGAUUCAUAUUUGACAAGGUUGAUCAAGGAUUAUUAUAGAGCUCCUGUAUUAUGGGGAUUAUCUGCUAUACAUAUUGCAUCCUAUACAGCCCUGGUAGCUCUUCAAUUAAAGAGUCCAAGACGAUAUGCUCGUUUCUUUGAAAGACACAUGACAGUCUCACUCAAUAACCUUUACGAAAAAAGAUUUCACACUCUAAUUACCAGUAUUUUUGCUCACAAGAAUGCUCUCUCCUUGGCAACAAGCGUACUUGCUAUCAAUUUUGUUGGCUGUUCUUUAAAGGAGUUUUUGAGUGAUUCAACAUUGUUAAGCAUUUAUUUUGGAUCAGCAAUUCUAGGUGUGUUGGCAGCCUCAAUGUAUGGUGUAUUUUUGGUGAACUAUUUCAGAAGAAACAUGAUGAUGAGAGUACAAUUGAUUCAUACAGGAAAGUUUGGAUUUGAUGCUACUUAUUAUGCAUUACUUUGUGCAUUACUUGGAUUUAAUACUGAACAAUUUGAUUUAUUUGAAGAAUAUUUUGUGCCUAGCAAUUCACAACUAAUGAACGGUAUUUUGCUGUUCCAAUUUAUUCUUGCUAUGAAUGGCUUCAAGAUUAACUUAUUUUCAAAUGCUAUGAGCUCAUACUUUGGAUAUGGAGUUAUCAGAGCGUUGAGCAAACAAGAACAUCAUCAACAGAGAAGAAUAGUGGAAAUUAAUACUGAUUAUCGUUAUUAUUUGGGUGAAAUCAAAGAAUUUAAAGGUGAUGGAAAGGGUAUUGCCGUCAAACCAGACUUUCAAUCGGCUUACUAUGGAGAUUUCAAAGAUGAUAAGUUUAAUGGAUUUGGUACAAUAGUUGUGCCACCAAAAGAAAAACCAAGAGUUUUGAGUGGAUUCUUUGAAAAUGGCGAAAUGAAAUAUUCGAAAUAA